CUACAUACAAAGCCAAAGUCAACCACGCCUCCUCUCCAUAUAUGAUCCUCCACCUUCAUACCCGAACACGAUCGAUCCCCGAGCCCGAGCUGUUGCUACGAAGCUGCGCCGUGUCAUGGAGUGCUCCAACAACGACUGGGAUCUGCAGGCCGUCGUUCGGAGCUGCGGCACCGGCACGGCCGCGUGUAAUGGCAGCGGUGGUAGCUCGGAAGCACCGCCGCCGGAGGAGGAGGCCCGACGGAGAAUUCACGUCGGCCGUGUGGCGGCAGCGGCCCCGGAGUUCCUCGUCGGGAGACCAGUGCGCCCGGCGGCGGCGUUGCGCGACCUGGACUACUUGGGCUUGGACCACGAGCUCCCACGGGCGCCGUUCUCGAUCACGCCGUCGCCGUCCAGUGAGCGCGGGGCGCCGCUCGACCACGAGGUGCUCAUCUCUUUCCCGUCCGCCUCCACGUCCGGGCAGGGGCAGCAGCUGCUGCAGCCGAGGAAGCAGCCCGGCCGCAAGCCGGGCGUCCGCACUCCCAGGCCAAAACGAAGCAAGAAGAGCCAGCUGAAGAAGGUGGUGUGCGAGGUGCCGGUGGCCGACGGCGGCGUGUCCACGGACUUGUGGGCGUGGCGCAAGUACGGCCAGAAGCCCAUCAAGGGCUCGCCGCACCCACGGGGGUACUACAAGUGCAGCAGCCUCAAGGCGUGCAUGGCGCGGAAGCUGGUGGAGCGCAGCCCGGCCAAGCCCGGGGUGCUCGUCGUCACCUACAUCGCCGAGCACUGCCACGUGGUGCCGACGAUGCUCAACGCGCUGGCCGGCACCACGCGGCACCGGCCGGCGUCCCCCGACGACGGCGGGCGCCAGGCGUCCCACGGCGCGUCGGACGAGGCGUCCGGCUCCGGCAGGCGCGAGGAGGACAGCGCCGACGCGUCCUCCAUGACCGCGGACGGAGGCGGCGCGGAGACGGCCGACGACGAGAACGAGCCGUGGCAGGUGGACAUGGCGGCGCUCGACGAGUAUCCGUUGGAUGACUUCCUCAAGCCGUUCGAUGACGACUUCGUCGAUCGGUUUUUCGAGGACGACGACGGCGUUCUUGAGCGCCGGGUGUCGCUGUAGUUGGGACUUUUGGAGCAGGGCAACUGAUCAUUGACUGCAAAUUGUCUCUUUGAUUCUUCCUUCUUCGAUCAAGAGAGGUGGGUGUCUUGGUGAUGCGAUGCAACUAGACGGAAAACUGGGCUGCAUGCGUACAGUUGACCGUGUUAUAUAUAGUCAUUAGUCAGUGUGUCUGGCAACAUCUCUAGCCAGAUGAAAGGAUGGAUACUUUAUACACGCACGACGGCCUUGAUGUA